AAAGACUACUACCAAGUUCUGGGUGUGGAGCGAGAUGCAACUCAACGUCAGAUCAAGAACGCUUACUAUACACUCUCGAAAAAGGCAAGCUCGUUUAUGCUUCAAAUUACGUAUCAUCCUGAUGUCGCUGGACGAAAUGCAGGCACAGAGUCGAAGUUUAUUGAAAUAACGGAGGCGUACGAGUGCCUUAAGGACCCUGAAAGGAGAAGGAUCUAUGAUGGAGAUUCGCAGCACUUUGGACAGCGUCGAGAGAACCCCUUUUACAGUAAGCGCUACACGCAACAAGAGUACGAGCGGCUUAUGCAUAGCGAUGGUUGCUGCAGAUAUGGGGCAGUCAAAUUCAAAGAGAUUGCACGAAGAAAGAGAAGGCGUAUGAAUGCGCAGAAUGAGGCGAGAAGGAGAAAAGUUGUGGGAACAGUUCGCCAGGGAACGUGCCACGCGAUGGCAGCAAUUCCAUUC